AUGGCAGGAAUUGCCGCAACAGGAGUAAUGACUACGGUUGCAAAUGGCACAAGACAGCAGUAUGAUAUGAUUGGAUCUGCCCAAGAGAACUCGAUUGCCAACAAGAAUCGGCCCACAGGCUCUCGCCAGAAUUCCAACGCAUCCUCGCGCAUGCCUUUAACCAACGUCGCCCCCAACCGGAAAGACAGUGGACCUACAAAUGGACGGGUCAUUUAUAAUCGAGUGGAAGAGCUGGGUCAAUCACAAGGACCCCUGGUUCGAAGUGGAAGCGAGUCCGACAGUCUCCUUGAUCUGUAUAGGAGUAAUCCAAGCAGCGGCAACAUCAGUCAGCAAGCUACGGACAAUGACAUUCCCGAGAACAUGUAUAAACCGCAGGAGGAUGAUCCUGACGGUUGGAUACACCGAGAUAAGCUAGCCAAGAUCGAGAGCGAAGAACUACAAGCGGCAGGUCUGAAUCUUGCCAGUGCCAGACGUACCGGCCCAAAAUCCUUGAAAAGAGACACAAGCUUGGGACGCCGAAGUGAAGACAAAAGUGGUUAUGACGGUCGCGCAGGCGAGACGGAUAAUGGAAGACCACGCGUUGUACAAACACUGGAAGAAGUGGAAGACGACCAACCUCACUGGGACUUUCGUACACCUGAUGAGAUCGCUGCAGAUCAAUCCUCCCAUAUUUAUUUGACUCCCAUGGCAAGGAAAUCGGGGUCGAAAAUCCCCGUGUUGACCACAAGUCCCCUUCCAAUCCCCCAGGAACGGAUCGAUCGGGACACACCAUUGGUGCGGAAGAGAACCAUUAGCAAUAGUAUGAGUCCAGAAGAUGGGAUUCCCGUCCUCAAGAGUCGGACCCGGAGAGGGAGUGCAGGGAGCCAGCAGCCGUUACAAGAUGAAGUUGAUUCGCCAGCCAACACGCCUGUUGCAACAACGGCCAGAUCCCAGGCACAGAAAACCGGAUCGCCUACCAAGACAAAAGCGAAACCCGUCCAGCCAUCGCCGCCUGGGACUGUAGCCGACCGCAAAGUCUCGGGGACUUCUCGGAAGCCAUCAACCAACAACAAGACAGGUGUUACGCCGUCUCCGAACCAACGGCCUGGAACGAGAUCCGGCGAGUUGGAUCGACCACGGACAGCGGUGAAUCGCCCGGAAGGAGACCCUCCUUGGUUGGCAACCAUGUAUAAACCCGAUCCCAGACUUCCUCCCGAUCAGCAAAUUAUCCCUACUCAUGCUCGACGGCAGCAACAGGUCCAAUGGGACGAGGAAGGGGCCAUCCCUAAUACAUAUGAUCGCAACUUCUCACCUUUGGCGAUCCAUUCGCCGAAUGGUCUGGUGAAUUCUCAUUCUCCCAAUCUUCCUUCCUCUCCAUCACCCAACCCCAGCAAAACUCAAGACUUGAACGCAUGGCCGCUGAAGACGAACUCGAGCGUGAGGAAUUCCGUUAAUGGCAGACCUGGCACUUCUAGUAGUUCCAAUGCUGGAUACAGCACGAUGCCGCGAGUUCAGAGUCCCGCGAUCAUCCAGAGCCCUAGGAUGGGCAGUAUUUCUUCGACGCCUGGUCAACCUCCUCCGAGCACCAGAAUGCAAGUCCAGCGACUGGAACCCAACGAUAUGGACGAGAAGGUUAAGGACAAAGGCUGCGGUUGUUGUGUGGUCAUGUGA